CUCUCCCUCUCCGUUUUGGUGGGCUGGUGAGUGCGCACUGAAUUUUGCUUUCUAGUUGUUUUGGAUUUCUCUUCAUUUGAGCCAUAUAACCAGGUGGCAGGCCUUUAUUCUAAGCAAGCACUGGAGUGUGGGUUGAAGAUGAAGUCCACUGAAGAGGGAAGACCUAAGUCUUCAGUCCCUUGUGUGCCAGCCCAGAAGUGGCCCUUGAAAGCCUUUGUAAUAUCUAUAUACUCCCUAAAAAUCAAGUGGGCUUGGAUUUGGACAUUCCUAAUAGAAAGAGUUAAAGGCUGAUUGAGACUGUGAAGGCAGGUACUUGAAUUUUGACCAAGACCUGAUGCUAGGUAGUUGAUAGAUCUUAUAGUUCAGCUUCAUUCCUGGAUAGAAGCUGGUUCAUCUGAUAGUAGAGAACAGACCAGAACCAGAUAUGAGUCUUGCAUUCCCACUGUGGAUCUCUUCAGUGCUGUAAAUCCUGGAUGUACAAUAGAUGAUGACUCUUUUUCUUUUGUGGACUCUUCAGCAUCUGGAGAUCUCAUUAACAUGUCUUUGUGUGAAGACAUGUUGCUUUGUAAUUAUCGAAAGUGUCGCAUCAAACUCUCUGGUUAUGCCUGGGUCACUGCCUGUUCUCACAUCUUCUGUGAUCAGCAUGGCAGUGGUGAGUUUAGUCGUUCACCAGCUAUCUGCCCUGCCUGCAACAGUACCCUUUCUGGAAAGCUGGAUAUUGUCCGCACAGAACUUAGUCCCUCAGAGGAAUAUAAAGCUAUGGUGUUGGCAGGGCUGCGACCAGAGAUUGUGUUGGACAUUAGCUCCCGAGCACUGGCCUUCUGGACAUAUCAGGUACAUCAGGAACGUCUCUAUCAAGAAUAUAAUUUCAGCAAGGCUGAGGGCCAUCUGAAACAGAUGGAGAAGAUAUAUACUCAGCAAAUACAGAGCAAGGAUGUAGAAUUGACCUCUAUGAAAGGGGAGGUCACCUCUAUGAAGAAAGUGCUAGAAGAAUACAAGAAAAAGUUCAGUGACAUCUCUGAGAAACUUAUGGAGCGCAAUCGGCAGUAUCAAAAGCUCCAAGGCCUCUAUGAUAGCCUUAGACUACGGAAUAUCACUAUUGCUAACCAAGAAAGUACCCUUGAACCAACUAUGAUAGCACAAUCUGGUGUUUUUGGCUUCCCAUUAGGGAACAACUCCAAGUUUCCUUUGGACAAUACACCAGUUCGAAAUCAGGGUGGUGGAGAUGCAGAUUUUCAGUUCAGACCAUUUUUUGUGGGUUCUCCUACAGCACCUGAAGCCAGCAACAGCUUUUUCAGUUUUGCCUCUCAGAGUCAUGAAUUAGAACAGCAACAAGUCUCUAGCAGGGCCUUUAAAGUAAAAAGAAUUUAGCUCAUUUUACAGAAUCUUUGUUUGCUUUCAGUGAUUUCAUUUAUCAUACAAUCUUUAUUCUAGAUAGUUUUUGUCAACCUCCCUGUGCUGUUAAGCCUUUGAAGUUCUCUUCACAUUUUCAAUUUAUAAGAAAUUCAGUGGCAAUAGAGGAUUGACUUUAGUGUCUGAUAUUUUGUUUGUUUGUUUCUAAUAUUUAAAGCACGAAAAUUUAUUAAUCUCAAUUUCUGUGUAUAUUGUUGAGUUUUCAUUACUGGUGAAAGGGUCACAACAUUAUUAUAUGUUCUGUAGAUCACUCUUUCUGACUUUCUGACUGACCUGUGUCUUUAUUCAUAUGUAUAUAAGCACCAUUGUUUCAUGUCUACAUGUUACUUUGGGUCUUGAUAUUUAUGUAUAUAUAUGUGUGUAAUUGUGUUCAUUGAUAUUUUGCUGUAUUUGCCAGGAUAUUUAUAUGAACAGUUGGUCUUGGACAAUGGUGGGUGACCUGUGGCUUGUUAUUUUGUUGUGUGUGUUUGUUUGUAUAUAUUGGUGUAUUUGUACACAUAUUUACUUGUUUAGAGAGGUAUGCUCAUAUCAAUGAAGGAAUAAUUUGAUGUAUAUCCAGUCCUUCCUUGUAUUAAAAAAUUAUUGACAUUGAUGAAUUUAUUUUGUAAAGUUGAUUUUUUUUGGAUUUGUUUAAAAAUGAAACUGCUUCUUUGUCUGUUAGUGAUUGCCUGUUAACUAUUUAAGAAUGACCUUCUGAUGCAGAAAAUUUACUAACAUAUUGGUCAUAAGAGAUUAUGUUAAUUAAAAUAA